AUUCCUUUUUGUUAGAGACAAUUUACAGCUUUGUAAUAGAUCUUUUUAUGAGCCUAUUUCGUCUGCCAUUGGAUGCCACUGGUCAUGUGCAAGACGCAAACGUCUUCAUGACCCCUUUUCCUGAUUUCCCAAGCGAUUUUUCCACUACAUUCUGUGACUAAAGGCUUCGAAUCAAAAAUACAAAAUGUGCUCAUAUAUUUAAAUAUGUUUGUUUUUUCUCCUGCUAUCUGUCUAAGAGAUCGAGAAGACGAAUUCAAGGCUUUGGUAACGUGCAUUACCGAUUACGUAGCCUAUGUAUGUUGUCAGAUGCUUCGGGUGUUACAAGGGUUGCAUUUCUAAUCAGAAUACAUUAGGCUUCUGGACGACUGAUGUGAAACAAGCUUCAUAAUAUUCACCAGCAGCACGGGAGGCAAAACAUGGAUUACAGGGCUUUGUUUGGUCGUCGCCGUCUAAAUUAUGAAGACCGCUUGAGGAGAAACAGAGGAGAGGAAAACACAGACUGCGGUCAAAGGACAGCAAAUCUGUGGGAGGCUCCAAUCACGUGAUUGACAAGUCCAUGCAAUCGGACAGGGGUUCGCAGACUCUCUUAGUUUGAACCUUCGCAAUGCAGAAAGCCACGUAUUAUGAAAAUGCUGGACUUUUCGGAGGAUAUUCAUACACCAAAUCUGACUCCUAUACAUACGGUCCUACACACCAGGGUUUCUCAUCCUCCAGCAUAGAGAACAACUAUUCAAAUCCAAGCUGUCCUAUUCAAACUACAUCAGUCCGGCCACCAGCACAUAAAAAUGGAGACAUCAGUGGCAGCUGUAUGCGACCGAGUGCCAGCCAGGGCAACAGCCAACCAGAGAGUAUCAGUGAGCAGCAGCAGGCCGCUCCUUUAGCAGCCAGCUCACCCAGCCCUAACAGCAGCUCCACACAAAAAAAGAAAUCUCCCAGCACCACUGGCUCCAGUACUGCCACCCCAGUCAUAGCCAAGCAAAUCUUCCCUUGGAUGAAAGAAUCCCGCCAAAACGCAAAGCAGAAAAGCUCCAACUGCCCAGCUGCAGGAGAAACCUGCGACGACAAGAGUCCACCCGGCCCUGCCUCGAAACGAGUGCGCACUGCCUACACCAGCGCCCAGCUGGUUGAACUGGAGAAGGAGUUUCAUUUUAAUCGCUACCUGUGUCGGCCCAGAAGAGUGGAGAUGGCUAAUCUGCUCAACCUCACCGAGCGCCAAAUAAAGAUCUGGUUUCAGAACAGGAGGAUGAAGUACAAAAAAGAUCAGAAAUCUAAAGGCAUAAUGCACUCUCCCUUAGGACACUCUCCGGACAGAAGCCCGCCGUUAAGUGGCUCGAAUCACAUUGGAUAUUCUGGUCAGCUUCCAAACGUAAACGGCCUAAGCUACGACGCGCCAUCUCCUCCGUCCUUCGCCAAACCGCAACAGAACAUGUACGGCUUGGCAGCCUACACGGCGCCACUGGGCGGCUGCCUACCGCAACAGAAAAGAUACCCGGGAGCAGAGUACGAGCACCACAGCAUGCAGGGGAACGGGGGCUUUGCGAAUGCCAAUUUACAAAGUAGCCCUGUUUACGUCGGGGGAAACUUCGUUGAUUCAAUGCCAGCGUCGGGCCCAAUGUUCAACCUCGGUCAUCUUCCCCAUCCCUCAUCCGCUAGUGUGGACUACAGCUGUGCGGCUCAGAUCCCGGGUAACCACCACCACGGACCGUGUGACCCCCACCCCACAUACACAGACCUCAGCUCUCACCACGCGUCUCAGGGAAGGCUGCAGGAUGCACCCAAACUCACGCAUCUGUAAGGAUCCCAUCAGUGUGCUUAAGCGAAACCUCGCGUUUUUAUUACCUCACUAGUUAAACUAAUUUAUAAAAUUACACUCCGAGAGAAACAUAACGUAUUAUCCUGUAUUAUUAUGAUUGAUAUUACUAUUACUGCUAUGAUUGUAAUUAUUUUUAAUAAUAGCUGUGGUCCAUUUCUCAUGACUGUGGAAGAUACACAUGGUUGUUUGUUGUCAGUUGUUUAGUUCUCAGAAGGACUGUAUUGGCAAAAUGAAGGCAAUUUCCAUAAAGUACUGUUACUUGAAGGUAAGUUCUGUAGACUUGACAGUAUAGGCAUCCGUCUUUUUAGAGAUGGGAUUUGUAGAAAAAAAAAGAAAAGAAAAAAAAUAGCCUUGCGUCUUUGUUAAGCUGUCAGUUCCUCAUGGGUUCUUCAUAUGUUAUCCAUUAUACCAUUAUUUAUUAUUUUCCUCCAAGACGGUACGACAAACAUUUAUCUUGACUGAGUAUUAUAUUUAUUAUUUAUCGUUUUUAAUGCACAUUAUUUAUAUUCUCAUGUAUAUUAUUUAUAUGACAAUUGUAGAAUUUAUUUUGCAGAAGCAGAAGCCGUUGACAUUUCGUUGAACUGGUGCAAACAAGGUGAUAAUGUAGGACUGGUGUAUUUAUUUCUUCUUUCAGUAAUAAAAUGUUAUUAAAUGAAGAAUUAA